AUGCAGCUUCGAUGGGGAAUUAUCGGUACUGGUCGAAUAUGUCAAGAUUUUUGUACUGCCCUAUCAACAUGUGAUCCGAAUGAACAUUCUGUUGUUGCUGUUGGUUCUCGCAAACAAGAACAAGCUGAUAAGUUUGCAACAGAGUUCAAGAUUCCACAAUCAUAUGGUUCCUAUACGGCGUGUAUGUCAGAUGCGAAUGUUGAUAUUGUAUAUAUUGGCACAAUUGAACAACUUCAUCGUGAUCUAUGUUUAACAGCAUUUCAAGCCAAUAAACAUGUAUUAUGCGAAAAACCAUUAGGAAUGAAUAGUGCAGAAGUCGAAGAAAUAUUAAGUACCGCUAAAAAGAGUAAGGUAUUUUUCAUGGAAGCAAUAUGGUCAAGAUUUGUUCCGAUUUACGAUGAUUUACGCGAAGCAUUAAAAGAAAUUGGAACUGUUACAUUAGUUGAUUGUACAAUAUGCGUGCCUGAUCUUGCCAAAAACUGUUACAGUUUGAUUAUGGCAUCUGGUAUUUAUCCCAUACAAGUAGCAUUACUUGCAUUUAAUCACGAAGAACCAGAGAAAAUAAUUGCUAGUGGUCAUACAAAAAAAAACAUAGAUGAUGAAAUUAGUGAUUCAAUGUCAACAAUUACUUUAUUGUACAAGAAAAACCGUAUGGCAGUUUUGACAAACGUGGGUGAAGAUAUUGAAGCUGUUGGCUCUUUGAAAGUCUAUGGUACAAAAGGUGUUAUUAGUAUACCAAAAUGCAUUUGGUGUCCAACUGAGUUAAAUAUGUCUGGUGCAAAUACUAUAGUUAAACCAUUGCCUGCAUUGGAAAAAGCAACCAAUUUUAUGAAUAGUGUAGGAUUACGCUAUGAAGCAAUUGCAGUGCGGGAAGCAAUUUUAUGUGGUAAAACUGAACAUUCCUAUAUGAAGUAUGAGCAUUCAUUAUUAAUUAGUAAAAUUAUGGAUGAAACAAGACGGCAAAUUAUUGCGUUACAUUCCAAAUGA